GCAGCGGCUCACUCAGGAAAUUCAAACACACAGAGCCGUCCACCACACAGACACACGCAUCUCUCUGCUCCAAGGUCACCGAGCCGGCAGCCUGCACUGGGACACACACACACCUCCAUUCCCCCCCUAAAGUGAAUAGUCAGCGUUGAGGUGGGCCAGUGAUGCCGCCCCCGGCCGCAAACCCGCCCGCCGUGCCCCCACCAGACGGCGGUUGGGGGUGGGCUGUGGUGCUUGCAUCUUUCAUCUCCAUAGGCUUCUCGUACGCGUUCCCCAAGGCCACCACAGUCUUCUUCAAAGACAUCCAGCUCAUCUUCGAUGCCUCCUACAGUCAGAUCGCGUGGAUUUCCUCCAUCAUGCUUGCGGUCAUGUAUGCUGCAGGUCCCAUCAGCAGUGUACUGGUCAACACGUAUGGCUGCAGGCCCAUCGUCAUGAUGGGUGGCUGCCUCUGUGCCACUGGCAUGAUCUUAGCUUCCUUCUGCACCAGUGUGGUGCAGCUUUACCUCUGCAUAGGAGUUAUCGGUGGACUUGGACUAGCCUUCAACCUGCAGCCAGCGCUGACUAUGAUAGGAAAAUACUUCUAUAAAAAACGACCCAUUGCUAACGGGCUGGCAAUGGCUGGCAGUCCAGUGUUCCUCAGCACCUUGGCUCCCCUUAACCAGUACCUCAUCAACCAGUUCGGCUGGAGAGGCAGCUUCCUCAUCCUGGGUGGCCUGCUACUUAACUGCUGUGUGGCUGGUUCCCUCAUGAGGCCUCUGGUACCACCACCCAGUAAGCUCAAGAAGGAUGAAGAGUUAGCCGUUGUUGCCACCACAACAAAAGAGAAGCACACUGCCUGGCAAACAAUCAACAAGUACCUGGACUUAUCACUCUUCAAGCAUCGUGGCUUUCUCAUUUACCUUUCAGGUAAUGUCAUCAUGUUCCUGGGUUUCUUCGCACCUAUUGUCUUCCUUGCAGCCUACGCUAAAGACAUAGGUGUGGAUGAGUACUCGGCUGCCUUCCUGCUCUCAAUUCUGGCUUUUGUCGACAUGGUUGCCAGGCCCACCAUGGGGCUACUCGCCAACUCACGGUGGAUCCGGCCCAAAAUCCAGUACUUCUUCAGCUUUGCUGUGCUGUACAAUGGGGUGUGCCACAUCCUCUGCCCACUGGCGGAGGGCUACACUGGUCUGGUGGUGUAUUCAAUGUUCUUCGGCUUUGCCUUCGGCAUGGUCAGCUCAGUGCUGUUUGAAACACUGAUGGACCUGGUUGGGGCUCAGAGGUUCUCCAGUGCUGUAGGACUCACCACCAUUGUGGAGUGCUGCCCGGUCCUCAUUGGUCCACCUCUAGCAGGGAAACUGGUCGAUCUCACAAAAAACUACAAGUACAUGUAUUUUUGCUGCGGAGCUGUCGUCAUUUUUGCCAGUAUUUGGCUCUUCAUUGGAAACUUCAUUAACUACAGACUUUUGGACCGUGAGCGCAAGAGUGCAGAGAUGUACAAACGGACUGAGACGGAAGAUCCGGACCAAGCUCGGGAUCAGAAGGAAACUGAUGGGGAAGCCCAGGCUUCGCAGGAGCUGGUCGACAAAAGUGAAAAGGGUGAGGAACCUAUGCAGCGGGAAACCAACAUCUAGAUCCUUCUGCUCUGCCAAUAGCUCACCCUCAACUCCGCGUCAGCCCUGCAACACCCUUUGUCACGAUCAAACUGAGCUCCAAGCCAAGAGGUGCCUCUCGGUGUUCCAACAGGCUCUAUUCGGGGUCCUCCACACUUCUGUAAAACUAACUGCCAAAGCAACAACUGUGUUGUAGCAGGCUGUGAGGCAUAGUAUCUGUUUGUCAAAGAGCAUCAGCUGUGACUAUAACAGAAAUAUUAACCACAGAGAAAAGUGUAAGAUACUGUAUGCAUAUGAGGAGACAAAAUUUCAGAAAAUGGCACGGAAAACAAUGUAGUACUAACUGUAUUUCUUUUUUUGCCACGUUCACCUCAUAUCGGAUUUACUGUAAACAAAAGACUGUAGCUGGGGGGAAAAGUACAUCUAUAGCAAACACCUAGCUGCAAUCAGGAUGUAGGAUUAUAUUAUAUGGAGGAACAUCUAAAUUGUGGUGUCAACUGAGAACUACCAUUAGCAGCAAAUCCACAGAUGUUGGCAAAAAAAUAGAAAAUAAGUUAAAUUUGCAGACAAUCAACGCUGCUGAAGAUAAGUAUUAUCUACUUCCGUUUGUUAAUGGUUUAUUUGAAUUAUCUCCAUUUGUCUCAACAAAUUAAAAUAUUCCAAGCUGCAGCAACAAGCGUCAUUCUCUUCUUCUACUAUGUCUUCCGAUAUGACGUGAAUGCAGCAUCAGCGUGUUGCCACUGUUCCAGAAACACCAGCAAAUUAAAUCCAUAUUCAAAACUAACUCUGUCCUCUUCAUAACACACUGAAGUCUUGGUAAACAAGCAAAGGUUAAGUUAACAAGAGAAAGUAGUGGGGGCUGCCCAUUACUCUGAUGGCUCAAAAUUCCAAAGCCCUGUUUGUCAAAAAAAUGUCCCAUUGGACCAAAAGUCCAUUUCUCUGACAGCCUGAUGUCCCAAAAACAAACAUGCGUUGCUCAAAAGUCCAGGUUCUCAGAAAAUACAUACUCCCUGCAGUUAGACGCAGCCACCAGAAAUUGUUUUUCUCAUUGUACGUUUCUGUAAAACAUGGAUACAUUACAUUUGUCAACAAUGCUGUGGUUAACGUGGUUUUAGGUAUAGGCACAAAAACCACUUGGUUAUGGUUAGGAAAAGAUCAUGUUUUGGCUUUAAACACCAACAGUGGGUAGCACAAAAGUUGCUGGAAAAGCAGGGACGGGUCGAUAAAAACACAGAGAUCAAUGGCUGAAUUGUCCCUGGGAAACAGUGAGAGUGUGUGUUUUUGGAAAAACAGGACUUUGGUGCAAUGAAUGUUUGGUUUAGGGAUAAGAGGCUGUUGGAGAAAUGGGCUUUUGGUCCAAUGGGACAUUUUUUUGGACCACUGAGGCUUCACAAUUUUGGGCCAUUGGAUCAAUAGCAUGGCACCAAAGCAGUGAGCGCAUUACUCUGUGGUGAGAAAAACUUUUCUGUGAGUGAAAGGUCACUGGUUUGAUGCUAACAAAGCCAGUGUCUGUUAAGUUUUGAGUACCGCUUGAUUGCUACCUAUGCAUUCAUGCUGCGAAUAACUUGAUUAUGCGCAUUUUGAAAAACUGGACCGAUCAGAUGAGCUACAAUCACAGGUGCUAAUUUGUUGGCAUAGAAAAUUAACAGAUAAAACAAUUUUGGAUAUUAUUAUUAGUCAUAAUGAUGAAUAAACCCAUUCUCCAAGCAUCAGUCUUUACCAUGCCUCUUCCAGAAGUCUAUCACAUCAAUCGGAAAACUGAAAGGCAAAUGUUCUAAACAUCUCUCUGUUGCUAGAAAAAGACAUUUUUAGUAAGACUUGGACUUCCGGUCCAGCCGCUACAGCACGAAAACAACAUAUGAAACCCUGAACUUCAAUCCUGAACAGAAAAUGGGGAAAAUGGCAGUAUCAAUUUUCUACCGCUCAGUCAUAGGUUGUUCCCUUUAAGAAAGUAUGAACUUGAUGUCAGAAAUUAAGGUCUACUGCUUCCUUAAAGAAGGGAACCAGCUUAAAGUUUGGAUUGCAGUAGUCAAACGAAAGAAUUUGACACUUGCGAAAUUCCAGGGUCUGUAGCGCUCAUUUCAUUACCAGGAAGUAAGUGCGUUCAAGCUAACGAUUGCUAGCCCACAGUCUACAGAGGGAGAGGGGAAAAACCUACGAAAACUUAUUGGUAAUGAAAUCAGUGCUACAGACCCUGGAGUUUCACGACAGCGUCCAAUUCUUUUGUUUGGCCACUGCAAUCCAACCUUUGAGCUGGUUUGUUUCUUUAGGGAAGCAGCAGACUUUUAUUUCUGACUCAAGUUAAUACCCUGUUGAAGGGAACAACCUACCACUGAGCACCAAGGUCAGAAAACUAAUUUCACCAUUCCCCCCAGUGUUCAUUUCAGUUCAGGAGGGCUGAAGUUCAGGGUUUCAUAUACAUGCAGUAGUCGACCAGAGGAGUAAGUCGAAAACUUAUGCUGUUACCUAGCAACUGAAAGAUGCCUUGAAACAGUCUUGAGGGAACAAAAGAGGAGCUGAAACCUGCCUUGAUGGUGACAGCUGUUGAGCCUGAAAACUUUGGCAGUUUUUCCCUGGUUGGUCAGCUCUGGGGGAGGAAGGAAAACCUCCUGGUGACUUGUUGAUUGCGUUGCUCGCCGUGUGAAUGCAGCGUUAGCAAUCCCAGUGCACCGGAAACAGUUGAUCCAUCUGGUGAAAUGUGUCAAGCAAGAACUCAAAAUUCUAAUUGCACUGUGUUUAAAAUGGCAAGCGGGUGCCAUAAAAUUGCCACUUCCAUAAAUAAAGAACAGAUGUGUUCACAGCUGGCGACGCUGGUGCCCAUGUAUUAUGCUGCCCGCCUCAGCACUGUAAUGUCGUGCAGUAAAACCUGCACAAAUGUCCCACUUUAAUACUUUCGAUCAAGUCAUAAAACCGCUUCCUGUAAGUCGUCCAGUGUUCCAUAUUGCACUCUUAUACAGUAUGUUGCACUGAAAGAGCAACGGCCAUACUUCACCCCAAACAUCUUUAUAAAACCGCUGCAAUGAAAUGAAUUUAAUUAUGGUUGAAUGUAAUUUCCUCUGUGGGCCUUAACAGUGUAUUAAUGACCAAAAACCAUCUGCAUAAUUGUGGUUUUUCUUCACAUAGAGCCCAUGAGCAAUAUAAUUUCUCACAAUUUAAUGCAGCUAUACAGGGAAAUGUAUUUCUUGUGGUCAGCGUGACAGUCCAUUCUAUGAUACAUUGCCUUAAAUGUAAUGCAAUGACUGCAGGGGAGUUGUACAGUGAAUACUUGAUAGUAUUAGGCAAAGCAGAUAAACCUUUGUGUUAAAUGUGACCCACUUUUUUUUGCUGUGAUUAACUUAAAAACUCAGAAGAAAUCAGUUUCCAUUUGUCUCCUAACAUGUCUGUAUAAAUGUUAAAGCUAUAAGAUGAUGUAUUGUUGUUCUGUAACUAAUUCACUAUCAUUGACACCAGUAUGUUAACAUGUUGAAGGAAACACCACUGAUGCUACUAAUCACUGAAUGCUUAUGAAGUAUGCCAGUAUUUUCAAUCGUAUUGUGUGCAAACAAAUGUACUGGAUGAACAUAUCAUGUCACAAUUUAACUGUCGCUGUGAAUGUCAAUAUUGUUCGAUAUUCUGUCCAUUCCAUGUGUUUUGUAAAUGUCAUCCUGCUGUGCUGUUGAUCAGUUUUCAUCAGCUUUGGUCUCGAACGCUGACCAAAUGGUGUCCUGUCUCAGAUGUCCUAACAAAGCCAACAAAUGUUAUUUUUCAAAGCAAUCAUGAACAAAAAAAAAAUCAUGUUAUUGUUCCUUUUUUUCUGUGCUUUGAAUAGUCUAAUGUGUGUUCAGAAUCAUGAAAAUGGAUGUCCAGCUCAACCACAACCAUGUGUCUUCACCUGAGACUCAUUACAACCAAACACUACUUAAUGUGAUAUCCUCUGGGUUAUAGUAAACUGGGAGGAAACAGCUGUUGUUGUGUUUGGCUGGAUGAAUGCUGAGGGUAUCAGGGGAACAUGGUUGAGAAUAUCUGCUAUGCCAUUUAUUGUAAAUAAGAUAAUUUUGAAAGAUUUGCACAUUUUUGUUCUCAGUGUAGCAAAGCACCUGACCUCUAUGAGCUUUCUUUUGGAACUGGACUUGGUGUUACAUAUAUUUCUAUUUUGAGAAGAGCUUAUCUCGGUUUUGACUGCAACUCCAGCAACAUGUGGACAGUUUGUGGUUACUUAAAGUUUUAGUUGGUAACUUUUAUAAAAAUGUUCUUUAAAAGUCUCUAACACAGCUGAUCAAACAUGAGUCAAGGUUCUGUUACUACAUUGCCUAUUUCUUGCCUCAAAUGUAUUUAGAACCGUAUUUUAGUGUACUGUUUAGCUGUAAGGGCCCCCAACACACCGCACAGGCAGUUGGCAGGCAGUCAGCCAGUGUCAGGCUGUGGGUGAGUGUCUGUCACCCUAGUUUUUGCAAUGCCUCCUGCACAGUUGACACUAGUCGACCCUUGGCUUUUUCUCCGCUGUUGAUUCAGCAUGUUGAAUCGGCAUCUGACACAGCGGAGCCCGUCUGUGAAAUCACUCUGAUUAGCUUUGCAGCUCAGUGCACGAGAACAGAAGGAAGUAAGGAAAGCAAAAAUAACUUAACUUGUUACAUUAAGUUUGACUAUUUUUUAGUCAUUGAACUCUUUGGCAUAAAUGUUUUGAAAUUGUUUGCAUUAUUGUUUGCUAGCGCACAGUAAAUAUACGUUGUUCUUUCAAUAUUAGGUUGUGAUUCUAAUAUGGUAACUAGCGUCUUGAAUCCAUCUUGUCUGUCUUCCUGUUUCCCGUUUGAAUGACGGAGACAGAAUACUGUCGACUGCUAGUGUGCAGAGUUAUUUCCCCUUAACGCAGGUGUAGAACGUACGUGCUGGUUGGCAGUUUGCCGUAGUCUUUGUGGAGUGUUCCAGUGUAACUGUUUGGCCAAAACACUGGCGACAUGAGGCGACAUAACAGUUGGCGUUCGUUGCCACUUAAUCUUUGACGUCAUUUUGGUGUGUCAACAGUACACUAAAAUAUGUUUCUGAAAACACCUUAGGUGAGAAAUAUUAAAUGCAGUAAGAGUCUUGAUUCAUUAUUUGAUCGGCGCUGCCUAGUUUGAUAGUGUAAUUACAGUUAAUGAGCAUUGAUUGACUCAGCAGACUCCUCAGCUCUGAUUGGUCAUUUAAUUCAGCUACAGUGGAUUCUUGCAAAUGCAGUUAAAAGCAUUACGCCUCAUGUGUGGCUGUAGUGACAGUUUCAGCGAGUAUGACAAAAAGUUACCAACUGCAGCUUUAACAAACACCUGUGUGUGUUAAGAGUUGGUCUGUUAGCUCAGCUAUUCAGAUUUAUUCUCCAUCAAUGCACUUAGUUCACCAGCAUUUCAUGCCCAUAUUAGACAGUAUUUUUAUAUUGCCAUGUCUGUACCAUCCCCACAGCUUUAGUUAAUGAAUAACAUGAAUAAUUUCAUUAGGAAUGUUAACUUAUCCUGCUUGCACUAACUAGUGGAAAGAGGGACUACUUUCAUUCACUGAAAUCUGAUGCCACUAUGCUCACUGUACAUGAUGACUCUCAGUGAGGGAUUGACUGCUGUACAAUCACUUUCUACCAAAUAACACUGCCCCCUGCUGGUUUCAAACCACCUAGACCAAAAGGUAAAGAGAGCCAAGCUCUCACUUCAACAGAACACAAUAAUUUUUUCAUACAUUACUUUUUGUAAUGCUCAAACAGGGUUUCAGUUUUAUGGGUAAUGUGAGUACAUCAGUACUUUUUUGGUUUUUUUGGUGGGGGUAUUGUUAGUAUAAGUAUUUUUUGGUAUUUAUAUGUAUACAAAUAGAACAAAACCUUGUACUGGUUUGAUGGAACUAAGGGGAAUACCAUUGAAUUUCAAUGGGUUUUUUUGCUUUUGUUUGUUUGUUUUCUUGCUUUCCUAUCCAUGUAAAUUAUACUCCAUGUUUUUCACUUAAAUCGGUAAUAAGCAAUGUGUCCAGAGAGCGGGUUGUAGACAGAGCAAUAAAAAAAAUAGCAGUAGUUCAGGAGGCAUGCAGCAAAAAGUUGAGCAUCUCUAGAGCAGUGUUUUCCAUGGUGAUUAACAUGGUGGGAAGGAAUCAAAAAUAUGAUGUACGACACAAAAUUGUGUUUUCAUAACUUUUCUAUAAUAGCUUUCUUGUGUCUUGAUAGUUGAUAUACUUGAUACUAUAUUAAGUCUGUGAGGAAGGCUCACAAGUAGAUAUUGUUUUAUUUAAGACAACAUAAGCCAAAAAUGUUUAGAGGUCUCUAACAUUGUCCUCUGCUAAAAGGGAGGCUGGUAAUGACUUAUAAUGAACAGCAUGUCUGAAAUUCGAUGGUAUUCUCCUUACUGUACCUGCCGUUAUUUGUUCAGAUUUAAGCAAUAUGUUUUUUAUGUGUUUUGGUUCACAAUGUUUAUUCUAAGAACAAAACAAAAUGUAUAAUUUAAUCCAAAUAGAGAUGACCGAUUUAAUUUGACAUGCACCGAUAGCCUUAUCAAUUAUAUUGCAUAGCAUCUCAUAAUAUUUUGUUUCUUUCUUUCAAUGUGUACAGUAGAUUUAGAAAAAGGUUUAUUUUGAGAUUUGCUUCAGACCAAAUUUAGCAGAGGUUAAAUUAAAAUGAAUAUGAAAUACUUUCACCCCUCGUGGAUUAUUUCUGUAUGUGCGCAUACGUGUUGUUGCUUAAAAAAAGAAGUGUUUAAGUGUUCACUUUAGGAAAUGCUCUGGCUGAAAACUGUUUUAUUAACUACUGUAUAGCUUUUUUCCUGUUGUGUGGAAGCAAUAUGAAGCUUUAAAGGGACAUUUUACCCCCCCCAAAAAAACACAAGCCUUUGGCCAUCUAGUUCCAUUAUAUUGGAGAGAAGGCAGACAUCUCUACAGCUGAUAUCUCCAACACUCGGCAACUCGUUUUGGGGUAAGCUGUCCCUUUAAAGUUUGAAAGAGACUGAAAGAGAUGUCAUUUAGUUUCCUACUGGAUCACAUGCAGUUAUCAGCUAACACAGUGUUUAGCUGACAGCAAAUUGGAGUUUCAGACGUUCAUAUGGCUCCAGUCAGGUGGCAGAGAUGUUAUCAUUACAGGGCAGAGUCAAUGGAGCAUUUGUGGUGUCUUGCCACAAAUGAAAUUAACUUUUUAUUUAGAUUCUGAAUUCAGGAUUUUCACAUUCAAAACUCCAUUAGGGAAAACCCUGAUUUUUAAAACGAGCUAAUCUCUGCCCCCUGAGCCAAUGGGAUCAUUUCUGCCUCCACUAAGUGUUUUAUAACUUAAUCUGCAGCACUAAAUCUUGCAAACUCUUGAACAAACUUCCAUUUUUAUUUUUCUCUUUGAGAUCGAUGUGUUAUGAAGGAUCAGCAUGAGUUGGUGUUGAUUGUAUACGUUUGUAUGGUUUGCUACUGGAAGGCUUAAGGACUGUCUAUAACAUCUCUGUGCCUUAUUGUGCUGCACUGGCCAUUGUAAACAGCUUUUUGUGAACACAGUUAAAAUGUUAUUGUGUUGCUAAGACUGUGACAUUUAGGCUCAGUUGUGUCCUACUGAUUGUACGUUUACAGUCUUUAAUUGUAUGUAGAUAAUCAACUUGUGUAGCCACUCAUCUAAAAUUCACUCACCGGAUUAACACAUUAACCAGAUAUAGUCUAGAUAUUUCUGAAUUCUUUUCUUUGAUAAUACUGUGUUUAUAGGACGCAGAUAUUUCUGUGUAUCAACACGUUUCAGGUCAGUAGUGUUCACGUUUGGAUGUCAGUACUGUAGUCUGUCUCAGCAGUGAACUCAGUCCGUUAACGUCCUUCCAGUAGCAGACGUACUGUGUGCUUUCUCAUCAGGGCAGCCAUACUAUAUGGCUUUUUAUGAGAUUGUGUCAGUCUUUCCACUACCUCUGCAGCCGUCAUGUCAGAGUGAGGAAAAGUACACACGGGUAUAGAAAACUGAUUUAUGUUUUUCUAAUAGAAUGUUAUCACCUAUCACUGUAGCUGAAUAAAUAAAGUAUAUAUCCGAAUAA